UCUAUCCACCACUCUAUCUUUUCUCUGUAAAGCCAUGAUCUUCUUCAGCACCACACUGAUCCUGGCAUCCACCUGCCUGCUUGUUCAUGCAAGUAUCUUUAAAGAGACGGUCACCACCUGUGAAGAGAAAAUUGUGCAACGUCUGAGCUGUGAUUUGGGCAGCGUGAUAAGCGUCGAGACGGCCCUGUAUGGACGUACGGACAGUGUUACGUGCAUCGAAGGAAAGAGUGCAGGGAAGGUUUCCAACACAGACUGCUAUGCAGCUGGUGUUGCUGAUGCCGUCAAGAAGAGAUGUAAUGGAAAAAAAGUUUGUGAGCUGAUCCCAAAUGCCCUUGUGGGAUCUGAUCCCUGCAGGGGUACUGCAAAAUAUCUGCAGACCACCUACACCUGCCUGCCUGCCUUUCACCGUGUGAUAUGUGAGCACUCUUUAUCAAACUUGCGCUGUGAUGAAGGCCAGGUUAUUGUUAUAUACGGGGCUGAUUAUGGACGCAGAGACCACAACACAUGUGCGUAUGAGCGCGCAGCCAUGCAUAUCAAAAACACAGCCUGCUACAGCCCCACCAUCAAAGUUGCUGAAAGCUGCCAAGGGAAAAACAGCUGCACUGUUGUUGCCAGCAACUCUGUAUUUGGAGACCCCUGCCGGGGCACUUUCAAGUACCUGGAGGUGGCUUACGCCUGUCAGUAUCUUGCCCCUCCAGAUGAUCAAAUAUAAAAGGAAAUAAUACAGGAAGGUGUACCUAAUAAAUAUAUCACAUGUUUGCUUAACUCUUCAAUGGACACUUUCAACUUAAUCCGGGACCCUUACCUGAAGUACAUAUGUCCUGAGCUGACCUCUCAGAUGGUUAAACGUCUUUCCUUUUACUCACUAGAGGAUUAUACUUGGUAUUUGUCAGUUUCUGUGACGUUCUUAAGUUUGUUCUAAGCUACUGGUUGCUUAUGUUUUGUAAAUUUGAAGAUAUCAAUUUAUAAAACCCCACAUGAUACAAAAAAUUACAUCAGCAUAUGCUGUUUAAUUGUUUAAGUAUUUUCUCAAGAAUGAUAAAAAUGCAAAUAAA